AUGAGCAGCACCAACCCCACGCACGGCGGCACCAUGAGUGAUCCCGCCCAGACCGUCGCUGAGGGAAAGGGCAAAGGCAAGGCAACCGAUGCGCCUCAUGAUGUGAGCAUGGGCGAGGACGAUAGCAGCUCGGACGAAGAGACUGGAGCUGAGGAUGAGCCAAAGGAAGAGCCUGAAGAAGAAGACGAAGACAACAUGGAGGAAAUCGACACCGACAACAUCAUCAGUGGUGGCCGGCGCACACGCGGUAAGUCCAUCGACUUUGCCAAGGCAGCCGAGGAGGCGGGCGACGAGCUGGACGACGAUGAUGAUGACGAGGAGGAUGACGAUUUCGAGGAGAAGGAGGAUGACCACGAGAUGAAGGACUAG